CUGUGCACGCUAAGUCCCUCAGAUCCCCGCAGACCCUUGCCACUAUGUCCCCUGCGGCUGCACUUGGCACCCUGGUGUUAUUGCUGCUGCCACUGUUCCUGCCGCUCCCCUGCGGUACUGGGGUUCUUGGGGACAACUCGGAUGUUGCCUUGGACUACUGGGCUUUGGACAGUGAGGAGGGCACGGAGCAACAGCUGCACGACCCCUGCAAAGCGGCUGUCUUCUGGGGAGACAUUGCCCUGGAGGAGGAGGAUCUGAAGCUCUUUCGCAUUGACAAGGCUGAAGACUGGACUAAGCCAUCCACGGAGGAGGAAAUGGGACAUGACACCGGUGGGCUUGAGGAGCUUUCUUCAAGGUGGCCAAAUGUUACAGCCUCCAAUACCAGCAGCCAGGAGGCAAGAAAAGAUGGCAAGGAUGAUGCCACCUUUUUGCCUGGCCUUGGGACCUCAGACACCACAGCUAAGACCUUCUCUGCCCGGAUCCGAAGAGCCACAACAUCAAGGACAGAGCGGAUAUGGCCAGGAGGGGUCAUUCCUUAUGUCAUCGGAGGGAACUUCACUGGCAGCCAGAGGGCCAUUUUCAAGCAGGCCAUGAGACACUGGGAGAAGCACACCUGUGUGACCUUCGUGGAGAGGACAGACGAGGAAAGCUUUAUUGUGUUCAGUUACAGGACCUGUGGCUGUUGCUCCUAUGUGGGACGCCGAGGAGGAGGCCCACAGGCCAUAUCCAUUGGGAAAAACUGUGACAAGUUUGGCAUUGUGGCACAUGAACUAGGCCAUGUGGUUGGGUUCUGGCAUGAACACACUCGGCCAGACAGAGACCAGCAUGUCACCAUCAUCAGAGAAAACAUCCAGCCAGGUCAGGAGUAUAACUUCUUAAAAAUGGAAGCCGGUGAGGUGAGCUCUUUGGGAGAGACCUAUGAUUUCGACAGCAUCAUGCAUUAUGCCCGGAACACCUUUUCAAGAGGAGUUUUCUUAGACACGAUCCUCCCACGUCGGGACGACAAUGGCAUCAGGCCCACCAUUGGCCAGCGUGUACGGCUCAGUCAGGGAGAUAUAGCUCAAGCCAGGAAGCUGUACAAAUGCCCAGCAUGUGGGGAGACUCUACAGGACACAACAGGAAACUUUUCGGCACCUGGUUUCCCAAAUGGCUAUCCCUCCUAUUCCCACUGUGUCUGGAGGAUCUCUGUCACCCCAGGGGAAAAGAUCAUCCUAAAUUUCACAUCCAUGGAUUUGUUUAAGAGCCGUCUGUGCUGGUACGAUUACGUGGAGGUCCGGGAUGGUUACUGGAGAAAGGCCCCCCUGCUGGGGAGGUUUUGCGGUGAUAAGGUACCUGAGUCCCUCGUCUCCUCAGACAGCCGGCUGUGGGUAGAAUUUCGUAGUAGCAGCAGCAUCCUGGGCAAGGGCUUCUUUGCAGUAUAUGAAGCCAUGUGUGGGGGAGACAUUACCAAAGACGCUGGUCAGAUCCAAUCCCCCAACUACCCCGACGACUACAGACCUUCCAAGGAAUGUGUGUGGAGGAUCACAGUGGCGGAUGGGUUCCACGUGGGACUUACCUUCCAAUCCUUUGAGAUCGAAAGGCAUGAUAGCUGUGCUUACGACUACCUGGAAAUCCGUGAUGGUCCCACCGAGGAGAGCGCCCUGAUUGGCCACUUCUGUGGCUACGAGAAGCCAGAGGCUGUCAAAUCCAGUGCCAACCGACUGUGGGUGAAGUUUGUAUCCGAUGGUUCCAUCAAUAAAGCGGGCUUCGCAGCCAAUUUCUUUAAGGAGGUGGAUGAGUGCUCCUGGCCAGACCAUGGUGGGUGUGAGCAACGCUGUGUGAACACACUUGGCAGUUACACAUGUGCCUGUGACCCUGGCUACGAACUGGCUGCCGACAAGAAGACGUGUGAAGUGGCCUGUGGUGGAUUCAUUACCAAGCUAAACGGCACCAUCACCAGCCCUGGGUGGCCAAAGGAGUACCCCACAAACAAGAACUGUGUCUGGCAGGUGGUGGCCCCCACGCAGUACCGCAUCUCCCUGCAGUUUGAAGCAUUCGAGCUGGAAGGCAAUGAUGUCUGUAAGUAUGACUUCGUAGAGGUGCGCAGUGGCCUGUCUCCCGACGCCAAGCUUCACGGCAAGUUCUGUGGCUCCGAGACCCCCGAGGUCAUCACUUCUCAGAGCAACAACAUGCGUGUGGAGUUCAAGUCUGACAACACAGUCUCCAAACGAGGCUUCAAGGCCCACUUCUUCUCAGACAAGGACGAGUGUGCCAAGGACAAUGGCGGCUGCCAGCAGGAAUGCGUCAACACGUUCGGGAGCUACCUGUGCAGGUGCGGGAAUGGGUACCGACUACACGAGAAUGGACAUGACUGCAAAGAGGCUGGUUGUGCAUACAAGAUCAGCAGUGCAGAGGGGACCCUGAUGAGCCCCAACUGGCCUGACAAAUACCCCAGCCGGAAGGAAUGUACGUGGAACAUUUCGUCAACUGCAGGCCACAGGGUGACAAUUACAUUCAAUGAGUUUGAGAUUGAACAACACCAGGAAUGUGCCUAUGACCACCUGGAACUGUACGAUGGGACGGACAGCCUGGCCCCCAUCCUCGGCCGCUUUUGUGGCAGCAAGAAGCCAGAUCCUGUGGUGGCUACGGGCAGCAGCCUGUUUCUCAGGUUUUACUCAGACACCUCGGUGCAGAGGAAAGGUUUCCAGGCUGUGCACAGCACAGAGUGCGGGGGCAGGCUGAAGGCUGACGUGCAGACCAAAGAGCUCUAUUCUCAUGCCCAGUUUGGGGACAACAACUACCCGAGCCAGGCCCACUGCGACUGGGUGAUAGUGGCAGAGGACGGCUAUGGUGUGGAGCUGAUAUUCCGGAUCUUCGAAGUCGAGGAAGAGGCAGACUGUGGUUAUGACUACAUGGAGGCCUAUGAUGGGUACGACAGCUCGGCACCCAGGCUUGGCCGCUUCUGUGGCUCAGGGCCAUUAGAGGAAAUCUACUCUGCAGGGGAUUCGCUGAUGAUUCGAUUCCACACGGAUGACACUAUCAACAAGAAAGGCUUUCAUGCCCGAUACACCAGCACCAAGUUCCAGGAUGCUUUGCACAUGAGGAAAUAGCGUCAAGUGUUCUGGCAAGGCAGAGACGAAGGAUGUUUUAAACACCCAUGAAAGAGUAGCCCCCAGUGUACAGUAUCUUUCUCAACAACAAAAACUCAAACUACAUCCUUGAAACUAUAUAUCUGGAUGAAAAGUCCAUGCCUUUGGCCAACAGGAAGAGAGUGUCCCGUUGGUUCUAGCUGCAAUGUUACUGAUUGCAGCUUCUAAAGGAGGUUCAAAUUUGAAGUUAGUGACCAAACAAGCUGUGCCCUUGCUUCUAUGGGGCAAAAGGCCAGCCUGGGCUACCCCAUCCUCAACUCUGGACUGGCUUCCAUAGGUGACAGGCAACAUGAGUUUCUCCUGAUGACUUGGCUGCCUUCUGUCAGCACUGGGCGUUGAGGAUAAAAGCUUGGCAGUGGUUGAGUUGUUCCAGGUGUGGCUGGAAGUUUUGACUUAGCUCUAUCAGAGUCAAGCCAAUCAGGAAACCUGAGACUGUGUACGGACACAAGAGUGAAAGAGGCAUCCCAGUGCACAGAGGGAGGCUUAGCCUGGGAACUAGCAUCAUGGAGUUAGAAGAUCUCACGCCUUUUCCUGUUACUGGCCAUCCUUGCCUCCUCUAGGGUGCUCCUGCCACUCGUACCCAUUUGUGAGGGAGAAUCCAUGGUCAUGCCCAGCAGAACACUCACUGGUGAGCACUCCCAGGUUGCUGAGAUGGUACUCAGAGGAAGCCACCUGUGCUGGGGCUCCCACUGGCUUCCAAGCACUCCCAGCUGUGGAGGCAGAGGCAUCUGCUCCAGGGAACCUCAACCCCUGGAUAGCCAGUUCAAACAGCAUCUGCAAGACUUGCCGCUGAGUCAUCUCAGGAACAAUUCGGGUCUCACUAGGUGAAAACUAGUAAUUCCAAGUUAUGUAAGAGUCGUCAUCUUCUGGAACAAGUGGGUCUGUGGCACACUUCAUGUCACCAGACAGGUUAAAGAGCGCGUUGGCAGCUUUGCUGCAGUUAAGCAGGAUGCAGCCGUCAAACUGUACACAGAAUUCUCAACACCCCGACACUUGUUCUAGAGAAGUGCAGACGGUGAUGUUUACAUAAUUUUAGCACCUCAAAGUAUAAUUGAAAUAGUGAGGUAGUUUUGAAUGGCAUUUCAUUAAGGCAUCUCUGGGCAUUAUGAGCUAAAAGCUGUGGUAUGUUAGCUUUAUAAGAGCAUUUCUGUUGGAAUAACUUUAAAAUAAUGUUUACAUAACCGCAAGUCCUGUUGGGUUGGUGGUGAACACAGGGCGGCACAGGAGACUACUUCCGUUAGAGAUGGCGUAGCUCCAGAGCACCAGAAUCCCUUUGUGAUGGACCACCACUUUAAACAAAGUGUUCAUGAAAGCUGAAGGUUUUUCUUUUUUUAAAAGCCUGAUGUAUCAACUAGAGGACGACGUCUAACUAAAGUGACUGCUGAGAGCAAAAUACUAGAAUGAUACAAAGAAAGGGGGAAGA